AUGGAAGAUACUGCUCAAACUCAAGUAUCUACAAUAUCUCGUCGAAUUAAGAUCAUCUCUAUUAUUAUUCUCAGCUGCACCUAUGUUGUAACUGGAUCGGUUUACGCAGUUAUUGCUCCAUUUUUUCCAACACUUGCCGAGGAAAGGAAUGUUACUAAUUUUGAAAUUGGUAUCAUAUUUGCUGUCUAUCCUUUGGUUAAACUAAUCGUUUCUCCAAUCAUUGGCGCUUUUCUACCCCACAUUGGAGUAAAAUAUGCUCUCUGGGCUGGCAUGAUGAUCGAUGGUGGAUGUACAAUGGCAUUCGGAUUUUUACCCGAAAUUUUGGAUCAUGAUACAUUCGUAGCAUUUUGUAUAGUUGUCAGAGGGAUCGAAGGAAUGGGUGCAGCAGCCUAUCAAACUGCUGGAUUUUCAUUUGCAUCGGCAGUUUUCAAGGAUUCCGUUGCGACUACACUAGGAUUUUUAGAAAUUGCAACAAGCCUAGGAUUUAUGGCUGGCCCUCCAGUUGGAGGCCUACUUUAUAAGGCUGGUGGCUUUAGACUACCAUUUAUCGUUUUAGCAUCUUUGAUGAUAGUUGCCGGUAUUUGUAUCGCUUAUUUCUUACCUUCAGUUUCGCGCAUAGGAGUUGCUCUCCACAUUACCAGUUUUAGUUAUUUAGAUCCAACUUUGUCCAUCCAUAUUGAACCGUUUAAAUUGUCACAUCCACAAGUGGGACUGAUCUUCCUUAUAAUACCGGCCGCAUAUGGAUUAUGUGCUCCGGUUGUUGGAUAUGUAUCAGAUAGAAUAGGUUUUCGAAUAUUUAUUGUGCUCGGAAAUGCUAUUUUGGGAGUUUCGCUAUUAUUUUUGGGACCAGCUCCUUUUAUUCCUGUAAAGCUGACCCUUACACAAACAAUUUUGUCAAAUAUUGGUAUGGGAGCUGGGGUAGCAGUGGCUCUUAUACCCUCGUAUCCUGAUGUUCUGGAAGCUGCAAAGUCUAGUCGUUACUGUAGAGGCAGAGAAGAUUUUGCAACGAAUUCUGUCACGUCUGGACUCUAUAGCGCUUUUAUAUCUCUCGGUCAAAUAAUUGGUCCAAUCGUUGGUGGUACGUUUACGUCAGCAUCAGACGUAGACUUUGACUGGAUUUCUACUAUCAUAGGAUUUAUCGCGUUUGGUCAGAUGGGUUUAGUAAUACUAUUGACGAUAGUUGAGAAAAUGGUAGAUUCAGAAGUUCCUAGCUCUGAAUUUGGCUCAGGAAAAGCUAUAAAUGGAAUCAAAGCAGAUAAAAAUUUAUACAAUACGAAGCCUAAUGAAUCAAGCCCAUUACUAACAUAA